CUCAGCAGGGUAUCAGUGUGCAGUUCCUCGUUCCAGUGCAAACAUCCAGUAACAUCCCUUAAAAUGGCCUUCAAGCUCAUCGCCCUCUUCGCCACCCUGGCAUGCGCCAGCGCUGGAUACCUGGAACCAGCAUACUCUUCCUACUCCGCACCGGCUCUGUCCUACUCGAGCCCCUCGUACACCUACGGAUACCAGAACGCCGGACACUCCCUGGCCUACAGCGCCCCGAUUGCUCGCUCUUACGCCACCCCAGCCCUGUCCUACGCCGCUGCCCCGAUCGCUCACUCCUACUCUGCUCCAGCUCUGUCCUACUCGGCCCCGAUUGCCCGCACCUAUGCUGCCGCCCCGAUCACGCACUCCUACUCCGCCCCUGCCCUGUCCUAUGCCCGUAGCUACGCCCCUGCCCUGUCGUACGGAAACAACUACGGAUACUCGUCGUACGCUGCUCCUCUGGCCACCAAGACCGUCGCCAUUGCCCAGCCGGCUGCCAUCGCUCAUGCCGCCCCAGCUGCCGCCCUCAGCUACGCCCCUGCCCACGCCACCAGCUACACCAGCUCGUACAUGAAGUACAACAGCCCCCUGAUCACCUAUGCCUACUAAGUUCCUGAACGUCCAACUUUCCUCCUGAACCUGCUCUUUCUUUUUUCCUUGUUGUUGAUCAGCCCUAUUGCAAAAUGAGACCUCAUGCAUGCUGGCAAAGUUUAUUUUGUUGAAUAAAUUCUUUUGCGAAUAACAA